CUGUCUGAGUUUGAUUCCUGGAUUAAUCAUGGUUUGAAGAAAAGGAACAAGUAUGUAUAACCAUUAUUUGUUUUAAAGUUUGUUAUAUGUGUAAUAUGUAUGAUUAAUUUGUUAAGCUUUUUAUUUUGUUUUUUAAUGUAUUUUUCAGGUUUAAAAAAUAUGAUGAUAAUUCUGUGGAGCCACCAAUUAAUUUCACUUUUGUUCAUAUUUCUGAGAAGGCUUGGUUUCAUAGCCUUUAUUUCUCUGGGCAAUUCGUUGACUCAUCGGUGAGAUUCUCGCUUUUUUAAUUUAUCUGGUUUUUCAUGUUGGAGUUCUUUUUUUUUUCUCUUUUUUUUUUACAAGGUAAUAAGUCUGGUGAUCUAUUUUAUGUUAUAUAUUAUGAUGUUAUUGGGUACCCAGUUACCUUACUGUUUGCUUUGUUGUAGUUCAUUGGGUAACUGGUUACCCAAAUCAUAGUAGAUUUGUUUCUACCCAUAUCAUUUUAUAAUCAUGUAUUUUAUUUAUUAUGCAGCAUAUUGAUGUGAUGAUGUAUUACUUGAGGAGAAAGGUUAAAUUGUCUACAGAUUUGAAGAGAAGAGUAUCUACGACUGACACUUGUUUUGGGCAAAACAUAGUGUUUAUGUAUGAAGAUUUUAAGAAAAAAGGUAGUGGCGCAUUUAAAAUAGAUGAGAGAUGCGUUGCUUUGAAGAUAAUGAAGGGGGAAUCCAUGUUUUGUGCAACUCAUUGGAAUUUGCUUGAUGAUGUUGUCAUGCCUGUUAAUGUGAAUGGUCUUAUGCACUGGAUUUUGUUGCACUUUAAUGUACAGCAGAGAUCUCUUACGGUGUAUGAUUCAAUGUCUGGUGCAAAGCAUGAAAAUCAGACUUUACCUGUCGUUGAGGCAUUUGCUGUUUUGAUUCCUCUUCUUCUGGAGAUGAUUGAUUUCUAUGUUCGUAAAGAUAUUCAUCUUGAUGUUAGCCCGUAUGAUGUGGUAGAGAAUGAGGCUUUGAAGUUGAGCAUUGCUAAAGGCAUUCCUCAACAGACUGAUUGUGAUUGUGGUGUGUUCUGUACUUAUUUUGCUGAGCAAAUAAUUCUUGGGAAGGAGAAUGAGAUGCCUAAAAAUAUUGAUGUUCGCCUCCUUCGUAAAGACAUUGCUGUCAGCUUGUACUAUCAUGGAAAGAACAAAGAACUUGAGGGAUACUUAACUAGCGAUGAGUUCACUGAGAAGCUUCUGGAGAGGAGACAGAAAAGAAUGAAAAUUGCUGCAUAGGCUUUUAGUGAUAUUAUAUUUCUUUUGGUUUUUUAAUCUUUUCUACAACUGUAAUUAAAUGGUGAAUCAAUUUCUAGUUUAACAGUUAGCUUUUUUAAUUUUCUUCUUAUGUAAAACAUUGGGAUUCUUAAGGUCAUUUUAUAUAUACAUAUUAGUAUAUCGUUUUGUUAAUUCUUUUGCUGUUAGCUUUUUGGAAGAAUAAUUUAGAGGGUAACCAGGUACCCAGGUUGUUUAUUUUCUAACAUACCAAGGGUAACUGGUUACUUAAUUGUUUUCUUUUUAAUUUUUUCCCCAUUGGUUUGUUGUUUGUUAAUUACAUUUAUUAAUAUAUAUUUUAGAUAACCCUUUA